ACAAAUAGUAUUUACUGAAAGUUUAUAACAUCAUCAUGGCUGAAGUCAAUAUUGAAACUCUGUACAGAGAGUUCGUCAGCAGAUUGCUGCUAAGCAACAAGAUGUCUGAAGUGAUGACUAUAAUAAAGCCAGAACACACAACCGAGGAAAUGUUUUCCUAUUUGUGGAGCCUGGAUGAAGCCCAUGCGACUCUAACGCCAGUUCUGCACCCAUCAAGCAAGUCAAAAGAUGAGUCUUAUGUGCACUGUAGACAGGGAGACAUAGCCUACCGCCUUCAUGAUCUAGUUCAGGCAUUAAGCUCUUAUAAUUUGGCCAUAUUAUCUGCGCCACAUCCAGACACAAUCACAGAUAGUCCUAAGAACUCUGGCAAAGACAAGUAUGAAGAAUUGGCCCAAGCUUAUGAGUCACGAUCUGUUGUGCUUUAUGACCUGAAGCAGUAUACAAAAUGUUCAGAUGACAUUGACCGGACUCUGGAACUUGCCUGUGUACAGUCACGUACAAAAUUAUUAGACAGGAAAAGUAUUUGUCUGAAAUUAAUAUCAGAGGGUAAAGACAAGGCAUUUGAUGCUUCAGCUGAAGCUUUAAACACCUUUGAACCAUGUUUUGCAUAUAUAAACCGUGCGGCCCCUAAGUUAGCUGACCAUAACCCAGCCAUACCGUCACUCAGCAGUGCUGUCAAGCUGGCUUACACUCACUCCCAAGGGCGCCACCUGAUUGCUGAUAGAGACAUCAACCCAGGUCAGAUUGUGAGUGUUGAAGAUGGGUACUGCAGUGCACUUUUUACAGAAAAAUUACUAAUGUACUGUACUAUGUGUGUGAGAAGAUGUAUGGCACCUUUACCCUGCCCCAACUGCAAAAUGGUGAUAUUUUGUAGCGAGGAGUGUCGGAAACUAGGGUUAUCAAGCAUCCAUUGGCAAGAAUGCCCUGUUGUGUCAGCCUUUUGUCUGCUGGACAUGGGAAGAGUUCUUACAUUAGCAUACAGAAUAAUGAUGAAGACCUCUCAUGCUAAGCUCAAAGAGAUGAUACCACUACUGCGACGUGAGGCCAAAGAACAGCCUCCCGAGAAUCUCGGAUUCAAUCGAAAUGGUAUCUAUGAUUCAUCAGAUUAUAGAGCAGUGUAUCACCUGACAACUAACCAAGAAAAGCUAUCUUCACAAGAACUGUUUAAGAGAUGCAUUCAAGCUUUUAUUGUAACCAAACUUCUGCAGCUGAGUGGUCGAUACUUCCUCAGUUGUGAUGGUGAGCCCUUCAUUCCAAGUCACGAAGACAUCAUCCUGACUGGCAGCACACUCAUCCAUCAUAUGAUGGUCCUCCAGUGCAAUAGUUAUUGCAUUUCAACUCCCAUGUUUAAUGUGAGUGGCAACAAGAAACCUCAUAUGGAAUUAUAUGGCAAGGGAGUUUACUCUGCAUCAAGUCUUCUGAAUCACUCCUGCAAUCCAAAUUGUACUUAUAUUUUUUAUGGUACAACUACCACAGUAAGAACAAUGCAAUUCAUUCCCGCUGGCAAGUCAUUAACCAUCACGUAUGGAGCACUUUGUAGUGAAGACAGAAGAGAUUCCAGAAGGUUGACACUGAUGACUAAUUUCAAUUUCACUUGUACCUGUGAUGCUUGUGAAAACAACUGGCCAAUUAUCAGGGAUUUGCCACCAUUUGUAAUAUUAAAAUGUACCAAAUGCAAUGAAGGCAUCAAUCCAUGCACGAAAGUUUGCCAUAAUUGCAAACUGAAUUAUGAUCAAGGAGGUAUGCAGGCACGAGCUCCUUAUAAUUACAGGCUCAUCUGGAAGAAAAUACAAAAGGCUCAGGAGGAUUUUUUAAUUGCUAGUAAAAACAUCUUGGAAGAAGGGAGUAAUUCUGAAAAGGACAUUAAGGCAGUACGUGCUUUAAUUAAACUUUUCUGCAAGUAUGUGAAGCAGCCAAGUCUUGGUCUCCUACUUGCUCAACAAACGCUAUGCGUGGUCUGUUUACGUCGUGGUUCUUGUGUUUAUGUUAAACAUGAUACUGAAAACACCCUGGUCAAUCUUUUGAGUGCUGAGAUGAAUCGAGCCCUACAAUUGUAACCAUUAAUUCCAAAUGAGUAAAUAGUAGACUAUGGUAAAUAACAUAUCUUCUACGUGUCUGUAAAUGGCUUCAACUAAAAACACAAAAUUUCCAUAUUCUAACCUUGGAGCACUAAUUGUACUGAAUUAUGAUUUGCAUAUGUUCUAUUGUCUCUGAAUUUUAGUUGGAAUAAGAUUUUUUUAUUAUUUCUUAUACUCGCUGACCUUAAAUCAUGCGUGUAAGUAAGUUGCAUAUAAUUUUUAGCUUUUCACAUAAAAUACAAUGAAGUUUUGCUUAUCCAGAUUUCUGUAGAAUAAAUGAAAUCUAAACUGGUUAUGGAACCU